UAUUUGUGUGUACUCAUUGCAUUUAUUUUAUAUUACCUAAACUGUUCAUCUUUCUUAUAUAGUAAUGUAAUAUUGUAGGAUGAGUUGACCAAACAAAAAAGUGAUGGGAGUUUAACGAUUGAAGGAUGCAAUGACAUUCUUACUAUGGUAUUGGGCACUCCUAAAACUUCUGGUCGAGUAAGGGGUGUAGGAAAUUCUUUCACACCUAGCACCUACUUUCACUUGCCUAGACAUGGGAAUCAGUCACAUUAGGAGAAGAAAUAUAAUGAUCUUGAGGUAGUGGUGGUACAAUUACAAGCUAGGCUUCAUGCAAUGGAACAACAAACACCACAUAUACCACAAUUUGAACAUGUUAGUUCAAACACCUUCAGAAGUGGUUAUGAAGGAAAUUUUCAGCCUGAUUUUCUCUCAAUAGAAAACGGAGUGAGAACUAAGGAUGCCAUUCCACCCCAAGCUCCUACCCAAAAGAUUAUAAAGAGCAAAUGUUCAAACACGUUGAAAAGUGGUGGUAGAGGGAAUUUUCUGCAUGAUUCUAUCUUAGCAGAAAAUAGGGUGAGAACUAAGGACGACAUUUCACCUCAAGAUCCUAAACAAAAUAAGAGAAAGGUGUGUAGUUUUUAUAUAUUGAUGUUGUUAUAAUUUCUAAUAUCGUUAGUGAUAUUCUUAGAAGUUCCAUUGUUAACUUUGUGUGUUAUAAGGCAAACUGUGUAAACUUGCAGUAGGUUCUAUUGAAAAUAUUGUUGCUCAUGGUACGGUGUAUGAGAGAAUUGAACCUAAUGAAGCCAUUCAUAUGGUGCCACUAGGAGAAGCCAAUUUACAUGUAUCUAUUCAAGUUGUUAUUCAAAACGAUGCCCAUCUUCCUAUACCUAUCCCAGAUGAGAUGUUUAUUGUUGGAGAAGCAGUGGGAUUUUUUGUUGCUUGGCCCAAAAAUCUUGUAUUGGUCAGUGAUGAGGGCGCUUCAAUUAAUGUUGAAUGUGGAAAAUAUCAAGAGUCCAUUCAAUCUUUUGUUGCAUUAGUUGAGCAUAUCAAGUAUGAUAAAGCCAUAGACAUUCCACCAGAGAAAGACAUAUUUGGGGAGGAGAUCAAUACCCAACUUCAAAGAGUAGACAUGGAGUAUAUAUGUCAUGUAAAAGAAUUAUUUGUUACAUGUAUCAUGUUGUACAUAAGUCAUCUCCAUCAAGUGUUGAAGGCUUCCAAUUGGAAGAAACAAUUUGUAUUUGUUAACCCUUGUGUUGUUAGUGGAAAAACUAUGGCUAGGGAGAAAUCAAAAUCAGUGUUGCUUGCAAGAAGAUUAGAGAAGGCUAUGCUAGAACAAUUGAUUUUCAUUCCUUAUAAUAAUGGGUACCACUGGAUAUUGUUAGUCAUUGAUCUAACAUUGAUGUACUUGCUUGAUCCAAUUCAUUCUAAAAUAAACACAACCCUUGAAAUUGUAAUAAACACUCCCCACAACAACCUACAAACGUGGAAUGUGGGUUUCAUGUAAUGAGGUAUAUGAAAGACCUCAUUAGAUAUCAAAGCAUCCUAAGAAAAUAAAAUUUCAAUGGAAAAAAGACUUACACGGAAACCGAACUUGAUGAAGUCCGAGUAGAAUGGAUUAAUUUCAUACUAAAGAAUAUGAGUUGAAAUCCAACAUAUACACCAGCACAUAAUUGUUAAAAUCUUGGUGGAAUUGCUCAACACUCAAAUACUAGAACUGUGGGGGAUUGUUCAUUUGUUUGUUCUUUUGGAGUUGACUCGUCUUGACUUGGUAUAUUAAUUGCUUUGCUUUAGCUUUUAUACAAAAAUAGUAAGUUUAUUUAUAUUCUUCUAGCAGUUUAUGAAUUAAUUUGUGUUUUUAUUUCUUAGGUCAGAAAUUUCCUAGAGAGAUGCAAAAUAUGGUCAAAGAA